UGCAAGCGCAACAUCUGUAGCUGGUAACCAGUUUACGCUGAAUAGAUUUAAUUCAUAUAUUUGGGGGAACAGAGAUUUGUUGUAAACGUCUACCUGUGAAGAAGGCAAAUUGAGUGAAAUGGCAGCUGCUUCACUGACAAUUUGGUUUCUGCUUACAAUAUGGACAAUUAUCCCAGCUGUGCAUCUCGAAGAAGAUGAACUUAAUGAAACUGUCAUAUGUACCAACAAGCAGAUACAAGUGACCAUUCCAAGUGCGUUUUUUCUCAACAAAGACCCCCCUGUUUAUAUUUGGGAUUUGCACCUAAAUGACCCAGAGUGUCGUGGCGUUGAGAUUGGGGAUGACUAUGUCUUCACUAUCAAGACUAAUCUUACAGACUGCGGUACCAUCAUGGCAUCUGAUGAGAAUUACAUCAUGUUCACCAACACCAUUCACAACAACGAAACAGACAUCAUUACGAGAAGCUACGUCAACAUUACAUUUGGAUGUCGCUACCCUGCAAACUACAUGGUCCAGCAGCCUAACGGAGAAAAUAUGAUCAGAGUGGAUGUCAGGACAAUCACUCUGGACACAGAAGAUGGAAAUUUCUCAGUCUCCAUGCUGCUCUACAAAGAUGAGGACUUUGAGGACAAAUGGACCACUGUUCCAUCUCUAAUGCUUGAUGACAACAUUUAUGUGAAAGUUUUCAUGAUACCAGCUAAUCUUAUGCUUCGAGUGGAGAGAUGCUGGGCCACACCGAACCACGAUCCAUACAGCAACAUUCAGUACACCUUCAUUAAGGAAAGCUGUCCGGUGUUGACCAGCGACCAGACUCUGGCUGUGAUGAAGAAUGGACAAGGCCCAGAAGCUCUAUUCAGGAUCCAAAUGUUCAAGUUUGUGGGCAGCUCCUACACAGAUAUCUUCCUCCACUGUAACGUCCAGAUCUGCCACAGCAGUGCAGAAGCAUGCCGGCCUAACUGCUCCACCGAGGAUGCAUCAACACGGACACGCAGAGACAUUGCGCAGUCCCACACUGUGUCCUAUGGACCCAUAAAAAGGCGUGAGGUUCACUUAGAUAAAAGCACUCUAAGUGAAAGUGUGCCCCCAGUAGAAACCUUUGUGCUUGGAGGUCUGUUGGUGGUUCUGCUGCUCAUCACUGGGGUCUUCGGGAGGCUGUGGGUCAAAAGCAGGCGGUCUUAUCCAGCCCAAGAGGCCCAACUCACCCUGUCCAACAUCCACCACAUCUCAGAGGUGGCUAGCUAAGCUGGGGUCCACCAAAAACCUCUCUUAUACACACAGACACUAAAAAAUAUAUUCUGUACAGAGAGCAUUAGAACUGUAGUGUGUUGUUUUAAUGAAUUACAAAUAAAUAGGUUUAGUAUAUACAGUAUACAGGUGACAC